AUGGAUCUUCUUUUAGGUGGAACUCUUACAACUGUAAUUACAUUAUCUGCCAUCGUUUAUUAUUUAGGUCAUAAUCCUAAAGUACAGAAACGUAUGGUACAAGAAUUGGAUGAUGUAUUGGGAAGUGAUCGUGAUAGUAACAUCACUAUUGAUCAAGUAAUUAAACUCGAAUAUACUGACGCUAUCUUCAAAGAAGCUUCCCGUUUAUUCCCUACUAUACCAGUUAAUUUACGUACUAACGCGGAACCGAAUGAAAUUGCGGGAUACAAAUUCCCGGCCAAAACACAAUUUUUUAUUGACGUAGAAAGAAUUCAUCGAUCACCCGACUACUGGACUGAUCCUGAUACGUUCAAUCCAGAUCGAUGGUUAAAUAAAUCUGACACUAAAAUGUACAGUAGUUACUAUCAAUUUGGAGGUGGUGCACGUGAAUGCCCAGGAAAGAAGAUGGCUUUGGCUGAAGUGAAAACUUUAAUAGCUUUAUUAUACAGGAAUUAUGAUAUAGAAUUGGUGGACAAAGUUUCACCAUUUAAUUAUAAUUAUGAUUUUAUUAAUAUUGUUCAAGGACUUGAAAUUAAAAUUAAACCUAGAAAUUAA